AAACACAACAGAAGUGCUGGAAAGUAUAAACAGUACAAGAUAUUGAACAGUAUUUUUACAUUAUACAACAUCAGCCAAACAAAUGGAUAGUAGGGCCUGGGGAACAAGGAUAUAAAUUAAGUUUUGUUAAAAGGGCUUAUUUUGGUCUCUAUGUGAUAACUGUCAUCACCAUGAUGUAAAUACUUUAAGUUUUCCUAAGUUGUAUUAUUUCGCAAACAGCUAUGAUUUAUUUAAUUUCUGUUGUGCUCAUCACUGAAUUAUCUGAGCACAAUCUCCAAACAAGACAAAUGGUAAAGUAGCAAAGGGCUGCAAUAACUGAGCAGCCAACAGGAUAAGCCAUAUUGGCUUUACCAAAUACUCUGUGAGUGCUUUCCUUUCUUUUCCUCUUUGGUUUAAAAUGCAACACAUUUUCAUUACUUCUGAUGACUCAUUUCUGAAAUAAAAAGGCAGUAGCUGUUUUUGGCAGGGUAGUUGCAUUUACAAAUUGGCUCACCUUGUUGGCAGUAGAACUGCAUUUUUCUUAUAAAAGCUGCUCAUCAGCUUGAGUGGGGAGAAGGCGCAAAAGGAUGAGAGAGGCUGGUGGAGCUCUGAUGGUCUGAGGAUCCAAUGGUGCAAAGAGCUGGAAGCUGAAAUACCUUUUAAUGAGUUCAGGGUCAUUAGGGAAAGGGAGUGUGUGCCUGAAACCUCAGUUCUGUCAGCCAUAUUCACCUAGUAAAAGGGUUUUUAUCCUGCACCUGUGUGUGUGGCCAGUGCCAAGGGAUGGCAGCUCUUUCUGUUGUGGGGGCAUUGCAGCCUCCAACUGCAGAGUAUGCAAAUUGAGCUGCAUUGAAAGGUGUUCUCCAGGGCUGGUCCUGCUUAACAUCUUAAUUGAUGAUCUGGAGGAGCGUGCAGUGAGGUGGGGCCGCUCUCUUCUGCUGGGCCUGCAGUGAGAACCAGAGGAAGUGGCCUCACGUUGAGAGGAAAUUCAGAACAAGAACAGAGAUAAAACAAAAAUGAACACUCAAGAGGUGCAGGUAAAUCAGUGUGACUUGAAAACAGAUCUAAACUUACUACUUGAAUGCCUUAAAUAUCAGAUGGACUGCCCUCUGUCUCAGAAGGAGGCUUUGAUCACUAUCUAUUCCAUUUGCCAACAAAACAGUGAAGCGAGCGAAUACUUUCGAGAAAUUGGUGGUUUGAUGUUUAUAAAUGACCUUGCCAAGUCGAGUGCUCAUGGCAUCGUGAAGGAAGCAGCUUUAUUUACAUUGGGGAUUAUUAUAGAGAGUAAUGUGUAUUGUCAGCAGACUUUGUGUACUUCUGCAUUGUUUGAAGACCUCAUUUUAUUUUUAAUUAAAAAGGAUUCUGGUGUGAACUUGAAAAGAAUGUCUGUUUAUGUCAUCUUAGUACUGGUUUCAAAUAAUAAAAACGGGCAAACCUGUGUCAGAGAUACAGGCUGCAUCAGCCUGCUGCUGCAGUUAUUCAGAACAACUCUCUCCACCUCUGAGAAGAACGUGUCAGAUGAAAACACUGAUCCCUGCUAUCAGCUCUGGUCCUCAGUGUGCAGCACUCUCUGUGCCUGUGUCAACAACCCCCAGAACGAAGAUAAUCAAAACAUUUGCUGUUCGGUUUUUCCCUAUGCCAAGGAGUGGCUCGAGAGUUGCACAGAGCCUGAGAUAGUUCGUCCCAUUUGCUCAUUUCUUGGUCUCACAGUUGCAAAUAACUCAUAUGUGCAGAAAUAUUUUGCUUCUAUCGGAGGCUUGGAUACAUUAGCCAAGGUUCUCCUUGAGCUUAUGCAUGAUUCCUGUUUGAGUCACUCCAGCGUGAAACUUGCAGUGGUAGUAACAAAGACUCUGGAUGCCUGCAUUGCUAAUAACUCUGCCAUGGGUGUUGUCUUGGCAAAGUAUCACACUGUGUCAGAGCUGCUGAAGCUGCUGUCCAACGAGACACUGAGCACAGGAGAAAAAGUCAGUAUUAUUCUAACAAUUGGACACUGUACUGAAGUUUGUGAAGAAAACCAGUGUGAGCUGCUUCAGAACAAUGGUCUGCCACUUAUGAUUCAGGUAUUGACAGAAUCUCAGGACGAGGAACUCAUCAAAGCUGCUACUUUUGUGCUGCAGAACUGCAAACAAAUGACUGAACAGUUGUCUCUGAAAUUAUAUGAUAACUCAUUAAAUGUGAAGAAUGCAGAAGAAUUGGACGUACAAGUGAGAAAAAGAUGUCUGCAAGACUACUGGAAGAAAGCAAAAGAAAUUUUACACAGAAUGAACUCAAUUGAAAAACAGCACGAUGAGGAAAGAGUGCAAGGAGAAGUAUGUGUAGAUGAAUCUUCAGUAGCCAAUUUUGAAGCAUUAAAAUCCCAUGAAGUGAAUCCUGUUGAUCCAAAGAAGUACACAGAAGGAACACAGAAAGAUGUCUGUUGUCCACAGUUGACCUCAGAGUUGAAUAAUCAUGUUCUUGCUCCAUCUGUAACUUCUGCUCCACAAAAAAAUGACACAGUGAACACUAUGGAUGCAGCUUCUACCAGACAAACUGAACAGAGGAACAUUCCAUGUUCAGUCACUGAGCUGCAAACAGACAGUGUACCUCAAAGUCACAAUAUAAAUGGAAAAACUGCUUGUGGAAAAAAUCAGUCUGGUCUUCAGGGAGGUGAACAGUUAUUUAAACAACCAGCAGAGGCUGUUAGAAAUAUGAAACAGACGUGCAUAUCAGAUCAACAUUCAUUCUGCUCAGAGAAAACUGAGAGAGUCAAAAGUACUUCAGUUACACCUUCAUCCCAUAAAAUGGCAGAUUUAAGGUGUUUAGGUUGCACAGCAGGAGGACUGUCCUUGAACAGUAAAACCUUCACCAAGGUGUUGCAGAGUUGCCUGCACAGGUGUGAGUACCACAGAGUCAUCCUGGAGGCUGAAGAAAGAUACCGAGGGGAGCUCCGCAAGGUGGCUGCUGGUAACAACAGCAGAUCUGCAGCUCGCCAGAAAAUGCUGCUGGCCCCAGUGAAGGAAGACAGGCUGCAUAAAGAAAUACCAACUUUUAGGAGCAAGAAGGAUAGUUUCCAAAGCAUUCUUUUGACUCCAAAUAGAAAAGACAAAUCUAAUGCUUCAAAGAGAGAUGAACAUAGUAGAAAUAUUAGGUGGACUAGCAACUAUAACUUGACACCUGCAUAUGAAAAGUCUUUACAAAAAACCCAAGAUGCUAACCUGAAGAGACAGAGAGUCAAAGAGAUGUGCAGCCAGAAAAGUCAGCACUUAAAAGAAAAUUGCACACACUCACUUGACAAAGAUGAGAGCAAUGAAAUGUGUUCCCUGGCCAUGAGCACGAGACCUUUGAACAAGAGAAGAGUCCGAAAAGAUUUCACAACUGAAGAAAUCAACUGCCUUUUGAAAGGUGUCCAAAAAAUGGGCAACCACUGGAAUUUGAUUUUGUGGUCUUACCCUUUCCAGAAAGGACGGACAAGUGUUGACCUUUCCAAGAAGUACUACAGGUUACAGGUGCAGGUACUCAUCACCGAAUUUUCUACUGAUGGCAAAUGCUGGGAGCUCAGUUGUCAUCGUCAGCCCCUGAGCUGACUUGCAGAAAUACAGACUUGCAGCCAUGGGAUUGUGCCUUGUGUCAGUGCAGUGCCCAUGAGAAUGCUCUCUGGUGUAAUUCCAUUGGAAUUGGAAUUGGUGCUUAGAGAGAGAGAACUAAAGUAGGGAAAGACCAGAGAGCCUUGGAAUUUGCCACUGCCACCUGACAGGGUACAAAGAGAAUGAGAGUGUCAUUAAGGACUCUGAAUUAAUCCCUGUGUUUAUCAGGAAGUUGGUCUCCUGUCUGUUCAGCCUCUGUUGUGAUGCUGGUCUGUGAGAGCCUCUACAGCAGUUUCCCAGCGAUAAUCCACGCAUCCCUCAUACACGGAGCAUUGCUCCUGUGCUUUGGAGACCAUGGGAGCAAUUAAGUGACAAGCCUUUGUCUACUGAAAGCUGGUCUGUAAUUGUGCAGUGGUUUGGGGCAACAUUUAUCUUGAUAUUUUCUCUUUUAUGUCCAUUUUAUAGAUGAAAAAAGCCCACAAAGGACAUCAAUAAUAUCAUCUGCAAGUGCUUUCGAUUUUGUUGCAGAAUGUUCAAGAACAGCCUUUGCAAUAUUGAGGUAUUGCUAGAAAACUCGAGCCCUUGGAGAAUUUAGGUUGGCUUGGACUCCUGUUUUUCAGUGACAACUGACUGAAUUGAAUUGUUAUGCAUUAUAAUUUUAAUUUACCAUAACUUGACAAUUUAUUUAAGUAAUGCUAUCAUAGGCAACAAAAUCUCUAUCAGUAAAAAUUACAUUAAUUUGGAACUUAAUUUAACCUUCUUGAGCAUUUGAUCUAUGCAACUUUUGAGUUAACUUUUUGUGGCUUGCUCUAUACCAUUUGUAAGAAAAGGAUGUAUUGCUAAAAUGAAUACUUUAUGUCUGAAACUGCUGUUAAUGUUGUUGUGUCUGAAUCUGUUUUCUCUUAAUUAGUGAAAUGUGUAAAGCAGGUGGAAUAUUUUGUCAUAUGUUGAAUAUGCUGCAUGUGCAGAAAAAUGUCUCUGUGACAAAACACUGAAUGUGUGGUUAAACACUGCUGCACAGAGGAAGCAAAUCUUUCACUGCUACAGAAAUUCUGUACUCACUGUUGAACUGAGCAGGUACUGGUAGAAUUUGGCUUCUGUUUAUAGUUGGACAGUUUUCUGGUGUAUUUUUCAAAUAAGUGAGCAGAACCAGUAUUUCUGCUAAUUACACAUUUUUUAUAGAAUUAUAAAAAUUUGGUAAAUGGUAACUUGCUUUUUCAGUGAUAGCCUUAGUAUUUCAGUUGGUUUUUUUACUUGUUCUGAUAAAGGAAUGGUUAAUCAAUAGUUAAUUUAUUAUGGAAAAGGUUUAGUUAUUGUAUUAGCACUAGGUAAGCCAUUUUCACUAUGAUGUGGCUUGAAUGCUUGAAAACAGGCAAGGUAACCAAAACGUGAGAGACCUGCAAUAAAGAUGAUGCCAAUGAUGUAAUAAAUACGUCUUCCAAUAUUUUCA